CCUCAGCUACGUACACCCAUGCCUAUGGGUCACACCUAGUUGCUCGCUCCACGUCGCCAGCAUUAACCGGGGAAGCGCUUCUCGGGGGAAUGAGAUGGCGUUUGCAGGUCCUUAUGGUGAGCACAUUUCAACCUGUAUUAUUAUAUUCGUCGCACUCGCGGAAACAGCAUACUCUUGGAAUACUCACGAACUUGCCCCAACUGGCGAUAGUUGUUACACAACAUCUGUCUCCAAAUCACUGGUUGUCACCCGACCAGGACUGCACUCUCCCACAAAAGGUUGCGUACACUGGGCAUUAUAUUCAAGACUCUACGGCAAUAACAUGGAGGCGCUACUCUAGUGCAAAAUGCAGUCGACAGAAG